CCCCCCCCCCCCCCGCCUGCACAAGAGGAUGGGCGAGGCGGUGGCCCGGGUGGCCAGGAAGGUGAACGACACGGUGGAGAACAAAACGGAUUCCCUGGAUCUGGCCAACUGCAAACUGAUGACCUUCCCCGUUGGAAUCUACAAAGCCAUGAGGAGCGUCUCCGAGGGGAUCCGCCGCAUCUCCCUGGCCAACAACGAGCUCAAGUCCAUCACCAGCCGAUUUGUCACCACCUUCAGCCAGCUGACAGAGCUCAACCUGGCAGGCAAUUACCUGCACCGCCUGCCCGAGGAAAUCACCUCCCUGCUGCACCUCCGGGCCAUCGACCUCUCCCGAAACAGGUUCCGGCGUUUCCCGGAGCCCCUGGCCACUGUCCCUGCCCUGGAGACCAUCGACCUGGAAGAGAACGAGAUCGCAGAGGUGCCCACGGAUAAACUGGCCUCCAUGGCGUUGCUGCGGAGCCUCAACCUGCGGGCAAACCCCGUCGGCCCCGAGGUGCGGCUGCUGGUCCGGCCCCUCGUCCCCUUCGAGCUGCUGCUGUCUCCAGAGGAGCCCCUCCCUAAAGCCUGACAGGAUCCCGAGGGGUGGCUGCCCGGCAGAGUGGUCGGGCUUAGGUCAGUCCCUGCCGCGCCCCAGUUUCUGUCCCAAAGCCGAGCCGGCGCCUCGUUUUUCCUAAAUUAAAAGCCAAGCGGCGGGGCUCCCCCGCGGAGGGAUGGCUCUGCCAAAUCCCGAGCCAGGCAAUCUCCUGCUUAUGUGUUUUUGGGGAUGCUGAGGAGCUGCAACACGUGUGGUGGGAGGUGCGGGUAAAGGUGGGUGGGGAUCUGGAUCUUCCCGCUCCCACCUGGGCGGUGAUGGGGAUGGUGGGGGGACAUCCCUGCGGCUGUAAGGGCUCUCCCUGGAAUUGCUGGCGCGGUGGUGUGCCAAGCGCCUGAUUAAAAGCUUUCCUGUUACCUC